UCCGGCGCCCCGCUGCUGUUUGGCCGUUUCCAUGGCUACGAAGCCGGUCCUCUGGGAGUCCCCGAGCGAGAAAAUGAAGCUCAAGAGCCUCCUGCUUCGUUACUACCCACCAGGAAUUAUGUUGGAAUAUGAAAAGAGUGGAAAAUUGAAGACCAAAUCCAUAGAUUUGCUUGAUCUCAGUCCAAGUACUGAUGUCAAUGCCUUAGUAGAAGAGAUACAGAAAGCAGAACCUCUAAUCACUGCUUCACGAUCAGACCAAGUAAAACUUCUAGUACAGAGGUUACAAGAUAAACUCACGCAGCACAGCAGCCACCAAUUCUAUCUUUUUAAGAUUCUCCGAGCACAUAUACUGCCACUGACUAAUGUCGCACUUAAUAAAUCGGGCUCCUGCUUUAUCACAGGAAGCUACGACCGGACGUGCAAACUGUGGGACACUGCAUCUGGAGAGGAACUUCACACCCUGGAAGGUCACAGGAACGUGGUGUAUGCCAUAGCAUUCAACAAUCCCUACGGUGACAAAAUUGCCACUGGGUCCUUCGACAAGACCUGUAAACUGUGGAGCGUAGAAACGGGAAAAUGCUACCACACCUUCAGGGGCCAUACAGCAGAAAUAGUGUGUUUAUCAUUCAAUCCUCAAAGCACGGUGGUAGCUACUGGAAGUAUGGACACAACAGCCAAACUGUGGGACAUCCAGAAUGGAGAGGAAGUAUUCACUUUAACAGGACAUUCAGCUGAAAUCAUCUCCUUGUCCUUCAACACCUCAGGAAACAGGAUCAUCACGGGGUCUUUUGAUCACACAGUUACAGUGUGGGACGCUGGGACUGGAAGGAAGGUGUACAUCUUAAUUGGACAUUGUGCAGAGAUUAGCAGUGCCUUAUUCAACUGGGAUUGCUCUCUGAUAUUAACUGGCUCUAUGGACAAAACCUGCAUGCUGUGGGAUGCUACAAAUGGAAAAUGUAUGAUAACAUUAACAGGCCAUAAUGAUGAAAUACUAGACAGCUGUUUUGAUUACACUGGAAAGCUUAUUGCAACUGCUUCAGCUGACGGAACAGCGAGAGUUUUCAGUGCGGCCACAAGAAAGUGCAUUACUAAAUUGGAAGGCCAUGAAGGUGAGAUUUCAAAGAUUUCUUUCAACCCCCAAGGGACCCGUCUUCUAACGGGCAGCUCUGACAAAACGGCGAGACUCUGGGAUGCUCAGACUGGUCAAUGCCUCCAGGUGCUUGAAGGGCACACGGAUGAAAUCUUUUCGUGUGCUUUUAACUAUAGCGGCAACAUAAUCAUUACAGGCAGCAAGGAUAAUACCUGCCGGAUAUGGCGUUGACUGAAGAAAGCCAGUCGGUAUGAGAACUUGCUAGCAACGGGAAUAAGACCAGGAGCGUCACAGAGAGCAAGCAAGCUAUUUUGCUAUUUCUGAUGUUUUCUCUUUUCCCACAAGUCAACUAUUUGCACACUGUUCUUGGGUUCACAGAUAUGACCAUUAAAACUGAUGAAGUUAUAUCAUUUUGUGAUAUUAUUUGAUGGAGAUGACAGGAAGCAGCAUAAUGUUUGGCAAAUGUCACUGGUUAUUUCUAUUUUGUUUUAUUUCCUAAUAGCAUCAUGAGAUUGAUAAAAUCAGAGUAAUUUAGCAAUGUGUCUCCUAGAUCCUACUUUGAAAGAUAUUAUUAUAAUUUUUGUUGAAUAAAGUUUUUGGAG